GGGAACGAGGCAUCAGUGGCAACGAUCUGGCAAAGGACCAAUCGUGCCCAGGGUCCUAUAUAUACACCGGAGUUCAUCAGACCGUAUGAGGCGCAGGUGUGCGCCUCCGAAUCAGCUGGCCACGCAUAGCCAGGACUUGAUGGCGGGGACAUGACAGUCAGUUGGUCACAUCUGGAGUUACUGAGAAAAGUUCCUUUACAAUCAUCACAAGUGUGAAUUUCGUAUUCAUUUUGUCUUUGUAAUCACUGAUUUGAUCUGUUCUUUUUCCAAGGGGAAAUUAUUCGAUGUACAUCUUUUGGUUAUGUCCCUUACCAAGUUUCACUUCAAUCAGUUGCUUUGUGUUACUUGCCAUGAUUGUACCUCUGCAUUUGCAGUUAUUACUCAGCUUAUGUAAACUUCGUGAACUUGGAGGGCAUUUUAUCAUAUGCCAACCCCUGCAAAACAGUGUUCCUCAAAGACAUUCUUCUGGACGUAUCCUGUGAUUAGGCUCUGACAUCAGGUUCAACAGUCUCCAGCUUUCUCUCUCCAAUUUUCCGUUUCUCAUGAAUACAAGUAAAACAAACACCAAACGAGAUUCACAGCAUACUGCUUCCCACUUUCAAAAUCUUCUUCUUGAAUGGUGCUAACAUGAAAUUUGUGUCAACACUAUAGGUUCUGUUUUGCUAACUAGCGCAACAUGCGGCAUAACUCCUCAAGUGGGCUUGUUAGAAUGGCUUGUCGUGAUCUUGCAGGUGCACACAGUACGCAUCUGAUUACCAGUAAGUUGACUGCUUUCAAGAAGCUAGCAUUUGGCACCUCCACAGCAUGUGGAUUACAUGCCUUUUUUGAGGAGGAAUAAGGUGAACUCCCCCCCACCUAGUCCACAGUAUGUCCUUCCCGUUGGACAUACUCUGGCGCCAACACUGAUCUUGAUUAUUUGUGAUAGGUACCUUUUUUUUUUUUUUUUUACCUCGAGCAUGAAAAUGUCUGUGCAUGUGCUUGCUCUGCAUGAACUAGAAACUGCUCCAGAAUCUUUGCACUAACUACAGUUAAGUGAGUUUGACUUGACUGAGUCGUUGCUGACUUAGAUGCUAUUGCUUCAUCAAACUCAACUGAAAUUUGCAGAUGCCGACAUGGACAAGCUUUUUUGAUCAUCAGACGAGAAAAACAUUGAACUAUUUAGCCACAAGAACAAAUAUUUUUAGUCAAAGAAAAGUUUUCAAAACUACCAACUGCCUGUGGUAUUGGGACAAUGAAUAAAGAAGACAGAGGAGGAAUACCUGGAGGUGUCAACUUAUUUGGAAAUAAUAAAUCAAUCGUUGCUGCUUCAAGUUUUGGGACUCACAUCUACCGGCCAGUCCUGCAACCCACGGAGGUCCUCCCUCUGAUAGGAACCUACACUAUGAAAAACACAGAGGGAGAAGUAUGCAUCAAAGCUUCCCUGGGAGCACAGUACAUCGUCAUCAUUCAGAAGAAGAGGUGGUUUUUCAACUUGGAUCCUCUCAAGGUCCUGGCGAGCGGUUCCUGCCACAGGGAUUUAGCUGUCUUGUCUCUCACAAUUCCUAAUAAUGGUGCCAGCCUUCAGUUCACUUUCAAAAAGGAAAAUAAUCAUUAUUAUGUCACCAGGCUGCUAGCCUCGUUGAUUCCUCAGCCUGUCUGCUUGGGAUGUGCUAAUAAGACUUAUUCAGGUUUGGUGUCACGUAGCAAGCUGUUUGCAGCAUCUUAUGGUCGAAGCUUUACCUGCAAAUCUGCAAAUGUGGUUCUGACAUCUUCAGAAAUGAGUAUUAACAUGGUACCUGUGCAUAUGCAGGCAUUCGGUGUGCCCAAUGGACAAUAUGGAGAAGUGGAAGAGUGUUUGGCUGAUUUUAUCAAGAGGACCGUCCCCGUUAUCGUUUUGGCCAUCGGUGUUGGCCUUUUGAUGAUUGCCGUGGUGACUUUGUUAUUGCUUAAAGAACAUCGCAUGCAUGGCUAUGAAAGGUUCUGAGAUGUCUCUGAAACUGAAAAACUCCCGCAAAUAUGGACAGUGUUUGCAUAAAGCUGUGUUUGGCUGCUGACCACUCCAAGGCGUAUCCCACCUCAUGACCGAUGUCAACUGGGAUAAAGUCGAGCUCAACUGUGACCGUGAGGAUAACUGGAACACAAAAGGGAUGGGUGUUAGUAUCAUGUUGAGUGAUGUGGUAUUUUAAUCUAUGUGAAAACAUUUGGAUUACAAUGAUGCCGUUGCACUUGAUGUCAAUUAAAUCCCCUAUA